GGUAGCGGUGGUGUCAAGUGCGUCAUAGCAGACGACACAACAGACGACAUGUGGACUGACCGUGUCGCACAUAGAGUAUCGAGGUGGUUCAACUCGGAUCGUCGCAGUCACAGAAGUGAAAACAGUAUACGAAAUAGCAGCGCUGAAAAUGGUGUUUCAUGUACAGCAACGAAUCCAGAGGUGACCGAGGAGAGAGUGGCAGCCUUCCUAAGAUGCCAUCCGGAGUUUCUGGAGUCCUGGGUCAUGGAAGAGGUCCAGCUAGAGCAGCUGGAACGCUGGAUCAUCCGACGCACACAGAAGGAGAAAAAGAAGACUGGAAGUGGCGCUGGACGAAAAACUAGCCUAUCAAGAUGGAAGUUUUGUGUCCACGCAGACAAGCGCCAGAUGCUGCAGGAGAUGACAUCGUCACUACAGCGCCGGCCAAGCGUAGGACACGUGUUGUGGGAGCUGUGUGGUUGUAUAGCCAGCGCCGUCAGCGCCGACGGACACCGGCUCUACCUCUCGGACACCGGCGACUCUGAGAGCCUUUGUCUUUACCUGGGAAACUCUGACUUGGAGUCCCAGACCCAGGCGCUCGGUAAGGCAGGGCAGGCGGCGAGUCUGGUGGCCAGGACUAAGGAACCUCUGCGUCUGUCACGAGGACAACCAAACUUCCCCAACACUCUGUCUGUCCAGGGCUACCCGGAGGUGGAGCACCUGCUGUAUGAGCCGGUGGUACAGCCUGAUGGUGAGCUGGUGGCCGUCCUGGAGCUGUGGAGGAGAGACUCCAGUCCUCCCUUCCACGAGGAGGAUGAGGAGAUUGCUUCGAGCUAUCUGGUGUGGGGCGGCAUAGCACUGCACUACGCCCGCCUCUACCUGUCCAUGAGCAAACAACGCAAACUCAGCGACUUUCUGUUGGCCGUUGUCAAAUCUAUAUUUCAAGACAUGAUGAGCAUGGAUACACUGGUUACCAAAAUCAUGAAUUUUGCACAACGCCUGGUCGAUGCGGACAGAGCUUCUCUCUUUCUUCUUGACUCUAAAAACAAAGAACUUUACGCACGAAUAUUUGAUGUCAGAGGAAAUGAAUCUGAAAACGACAGUGAUUCUGGGAGUAGGGCUCAUCCAGACAGGGAAAUCAGAUUCAGUGUCGGGAAGGGUAUUGCAGGCCAAGUGGCGAGGACUGGUGAGGUUCUCAACAUUGCAGACGCUUACUCGGACCCUCGUUUCAACAGUUCGGUCGAUCACAUGACAGGUUACCACACAAAGACCAUUCUCUGCAUGCCGAUCUUCAUACGAGGAGUCGUCAUCGGUGUGAUGCAGAUGGUCAACAAGAACGCAGGAUUCUUCAACAAGGAAGACGAAGAAGCUUUUGAGACGUUCGCGGUUUACUGCGGCCUUGCUCUGCACCAUGCCAAGUUGUAUGAGAAGAUCCGCCGCUCGGAACAGAAGUAUCGAGUGGCGCUCGAGGUUCUCUGUUAUCACAACAGCUGCAAUGACCUUGAGUUUGCGGAGAUGAAACAGAAUGACAUACCUACUUGUGUUCCUGGAAUUGAUGAGUACUAUUUCAACGUAUAUGAGCUGGAUGACAACGAAAAAGUGAGGAAUUCAAUAUACAUGUUCAUCGACCUUUUCGGCCUCUCCAGAUUUGACAAGGAUAACUUGAUCAAAUUCACACUGACGGUGAAGAAAAACUAUCGCAGAGUACCUUAUCACAACUGGUCACAUGGGUUCUCAGUGGCAAACUCUAUGUACGCCAUCAUAAAACACUCUCCUCCAGGAACCUUCAACUUCAUUGAGAGUGUUUCGCUGUAUAUUGCCGCUCUCUGUCACGACCUGGAUCAUCGUGGGAAGAACAACAAGUUUAUGUCUGAUACAGAGUCUCCGCUAGCUGCAGUGUACAGCACCUCCACCAUGGAACACCACCACUUCAACCAGACUGUCACUAUACUGCAGCAGCCAGGGCACAACAUAUUCAGUCAGCUGACAAGUAGUGAGUACAAGCAGGUACUGGGACAGAUCAAGCACUGUAUUCUGGCCACUGAUUUGGCUCGCUUCUUCCCCUACAAGACAAGACUGCAGCAUCUGGUGGCCAGUCAGACAUUCUCCCCUGCCAACCCUGACCACAGGCUGAUUCUGCAGGCUAUUGCUAUGACGGCUAGUGAUCUGUCUGCUAGUGCCAAGCCUUGGGACAUCCAGUUCCAAACAGCGCGUGUCAUCUUUGAGGAGUUUUAUGAGCAGGGAGAUGCAGAGAGACAGGCAGGCAUCACCCCUGUACCCAUGAUGGAUCGGAAUCAACCAGAAUUACAAGCCGUCUCUCAGGUGGGCUUCCUCAUGUCAAUCUGCAUUCCAUGCUACGUUCUACUGAGUCAGCUGAUUCCCGAGACAAAGCCACUGUUGGCUCAAUGUCAAGCCAACCUGGAGCAAUGGAAGCUGCUUCAGACGCAACAGACCAACACCUAGUUUCCGCCUUUGGACUAUUCUGGUCCUUAGCUUUACUCGGGACUGAUCUCACUGAACCGCCGGUUCACUGAAUCAUCAUAUGACUGGUCGGAUUACUGGUUUGUUAGAGCUUUGGACCACAGUAUCCCUGAACUGUUUGAUCACUGAAUCACCAGAUCACUUAAAUGAGAUUGUCAGAUCACCGUACCACUGUUUUAAUGGACUGGCGGGUCAGUGAACUUUUUGGAUCAGUAGACCAUCAGAUUACUGAACUGGUGGAUCACUAGUAUUUAUCAGGUCUUUACACAACUCAAUCACUGGACUGUCUGAUCACUAGUAUUUAUCAGUUCAUGGACCAUUGGGAUCACCAAACUAUUGGAUAACUGAUCUAUCAAGUCACUGACUGUUGGAUCACCCUCGCCUCUCACUUCACUAGCCUCUACUUGUCUGUGAUAUCUGUACCUUAUGUUUUCAGGGUCAAAACUUUACUUGCCACAUUUGUGUUAUGAGACAGUAUUAUGGCAAAUAAAUGUUAUUUUGUAUAAAA